AUGAAAGUCCUCGUGUUGGCUGCUCUGCUCACAGUGGGCGCUGCCCAGAGCGGCAUCAGCCCGCGAGCGUUAUGGCAGUUCCGCGGCAUGAUCAAGUGCGCGAUGCCCAGCAGUAAACCCUUGAUGGAUUUCAACAACUACGGCUGCUAUUGUGGCCUGGGUGGAUCAGGGACCCCUGUGGAUGAACUGGACACGUGCUGCCAGACACACGACAACUGCUACCUAGAAGCCAAGAAACUAGACAGCUGUACAUUCCUCCUGGACAAUCCCUACACCGAAAGCUACUCAUACUCGUGUUCUAACACUGAGAUCACCUGCAACAGCAAAAACGAUGCCUGUGAGGCCUUCAUCUGCAACUGUGACCGCACUGCUGCCAUCUGCUUCUCAAAGGUCCCGUACAACAAGCAGCACAAGGACCUGGACACCAAGAAGUACUGUUAG